AUGGCUUCCAGCUUCAUCCUCACCCUCUCGGGCCCCGACCGCCCCGGAAUUGUCCACGCCGUCACGGCCUUCCUCGUCCAGCACAACCUCAAUAUAGUUGAUUCCUCCCAAUUCGGUGAUGCCACCUCCAAGCGCUUCUUCAUGCGCGUGCGCUUUGCGCCGGCAGCCGAAAGUACCGAGGAGCCGGAGUUGGAAAAGCUGUGCGCUGCAUUCGAGUCCACUGCGCAGUCCUUUUCUAUGGACUUCGAGAUCCACCCCACCACCCAGAAGCCCCGCGUGCUGAUCAUGGUCUCCAAGAUUGGCCACUGCCUUAACGACCUGCUCUUCCGCCAGUCUACCGGACAGCUGAACAUUGAGGUGCCUCUGAUCAUCUCCAACCACCCCGACUUCGCGACCCUCGCUGCGACCUACAACAUCCCUUUCCACCACCUUCCCGUCACCGCUGACACCAAGGCGCAGCAGGAGGCUCAGAUCCUGGAGCUGGUGCGCGAGCACAAUAUCGAUCUUAUUGUCCUAGCCCGCUACAUGCAGGUUUUGUCACCGACUCUGUGUGAGGCCAUGUCUGGCCGUAUCAUCAACAUCCACCACAGCUUCUUGCCUUCUUUCAAAGGUGCCAAGCCCUACCACCAGGCUUAUGACCGUGGCGUCAAGAUUAUUGGAGCCACCGCCCACUUUGUCACCAGUGACCUUGAUGAAGGCCCCAUUAUUGAGCAAAAUGUCGUUCGGGUCAAUCACGGCAUGAGUCCCAAGGAGCUUACCCAUGCCGGAAGUAAUGUCGAGAGCAAUGUGCUGGCCACCGCGGUGAAGUUUGUCACUGAGCGGCGGGUACUGCUGAAUGGACACAAGACCGUUGUCUUUGACUAA